AUGGCGGCAUCUACCAGACUUGAUGUCACUCAUGGUUCUCCUCUUCCAGAUGCCACCGAAUAUCGCAGUGUGGUAGGGGCACUACAAUAUAUUACCCUUACUCGGCCAAACAUCAACUUCUCGGUUAACAAAGUUUUCCAGUUUAUGAAAAAACCCACUGAUGUUCAUUGGAGUGCAGUCAAGAGGAUCCUCCGUUAUCUUAAGUCCACAGUUGAUCAUGUCAUUACUUUUCGUACUUCUCCAGAAUUGGUUCUCGAAGCCUUUUCUGAUGCUGGUUGGGCUAGUUGCCCUGUUGAUCGUCACUCCCAAGGGGGUUUUUGUGUUUACCUGGGUCGUAAUCUGAUUUCGUGGAGCUCCCGUAAACAAUCCACGGUUUCUCGCUCCAGCACAGAAUCAGAAUACCGUAGUCUUGCCUCCACUACCGCUGAAAUUCUUUGGCUCUAG